GAACCGCCUCGGAAAUCACGAGAGCCCCGAUUUCAACCCUUCGUGACCUCGAGCUCGCGGUUGCUUUCAUGAGCCCCAUUCAACCUCGCGCAGCUCGGAAUUCCUUUGUCGAAAUCGCCGGCUGGUUGCGGCACAAGGUGGGUUAAGAUCUGAGGUGGGUGCCACUCCUCUUGUCCCCAAACUGGCUUCGCGCGGGUAGAAAUUGCAUCCACAUUCGCAGGGUAAAUGUGGUGGAUUAUAGGAAUGCUGCCCCCGAUCGCUGCGCCUCCGCCACUAAGAUGGGAAUCGCCACUAUUUGCCGAGAGUGAGAGUUGAUGUUGGAUUGGUCUCACCUCUGGUUGGCCUGAUUUCGCGUGGAAGCCUGACUACUCUGUUGGGUACUGGAGAUUUCUUCCGUUUUUAGGUCACUGUUUUUUAAUGUUUCCACAUUCAGUUCCACCAUUUGUAUCCUUUCAUUAUAUGCUAGAGCCGUUUUUGAUGGACAGUGACUCAGUUCCAGUGUCUGGAUUUGGCAGCAUUGAAUGUGUCAGAAUAGGGUGAUAUCUUUCCUUGGAAAGUUCGCAGAUGUUUAAGGCGGAACUUGGGUUCCUAAAAAUGCUUGACGAACAUAGUAGGUGGUGAUGAAUGCUGUGACUGUACUAAAAUUGCAUCUUCUCAUGAGCGAAACUGAUGAAGGUUGCGUGUUUGUUACAAGUUGUGUUUAGUUGCACCAUGCGCUUUAAUAUCCAUAUAUAUAUAUAUAUAUAUAUAUAUAUAUUCACGCACAGACUGAAAUCAAAGUUUGCUCCGAUUGGACUCCAGCGUGAGGCAUACCUUAGUGUUUCAUAUUAAAAGCGCAUUGUGAGCGAGAGCGAGAUCAACGGAGCUUCUGAUGCAAUUUAAUCUUCUGUGCAACGAAGACACAUCUUGGGAUAGGAUAUGCAAGUUGACCCCGGGUUUGUGGAAUCAUCUGCGUGGCCCUUCUUCAUUACUCUGGUGGCAUACGAGCUUGAAGGGGGUGAUGCUAAUCAGCUGCUGGUAACAGAAUGAAGCCUGAGGAUUUGUUUCGAUGAGGUAAGCUGAAAGUCAUAAGGCUUGGUUAUCAUAGCCUUUCACCAGAUAACCAUUGCACAAUCGAGCCUCCAGUAGUUUGAGUAACGAUUGUGGUCACAAUGAGUGGAAGGGCAAGGAACUUCCAGUUCAAAGAGGAAGAGAAUGAUAUAUUUGCUCUGCCUCAUCUGGGUGAUCUCAUCAACCUGCCCCCAAUGGAAACAACCUACCGCACCAUGAGCGGAGCUGAGGCCGUCUGUGACACUUCUUCAGCAGAUCAAGACGAUAUGAAGCAGAUUUAUAUUCAUGAUGAUGAUCGAGUACUUAUCAAGGUUGUUCAUUUUGGUCAUCCCUCAUCAGUUGGAAUAGAGCUUGAAGAUGAUGGCGAGUGGCAGUUUAAACCUACGUGGGUUCGACGAGCAGGACCUCGCGCUUGGAUCUACUUCGAGCCGCCUUCCGUGAGGGCUGCCAUAGUGACAUGCGGUGGGUUAUGCCCGGGCCUAAAUGACGUCGUUCGUCAGAUCGUCCUAACAUUGGAAGUAUAUGGAGUGAAAGAAAUUCUGGGGAUUCAGUAUGGUUUUAAGGGCUUCGUGGACAAGAGAUACCCGCCCAUCAUGCUCACUCGGAAGACUGUACAACGCAUUAACAUGGUGGGAGGCAGCUUCUUGGGUGUGUCUCGCGGUUGUCCUCCGGUCGAAGACAUUGUAAGCAAACUUGAGGAAUGGCAUGUCAACAUGUUUUUUGUGAUCGGAGGAAACGGAUCGCAUGCGGGUGCCAAUACUAUCUAUCAACAUGUUGAAAAACGGAAGAUGAAGCUCGUUGUAGUUGGGAUCCCAAAAACCAUUGACAAUGAUAUUCAGAUUCUGGACAAGACCUUUGGUUUUGACACAGCUGUUGAAGAAGCACAGCGGGCAAUCAAUGCAGCCUACGUCGAGGCAAGCAGUGCUUUUAACGGAGUUGGAAUCGUAAAGUUGAUGGGACGGCAAAGUGGAUACAUCUCAAUGUAUGCAACGAUUGCAAGUGGGCAAGUGGAUGCUGUGUUGAUCCCAGAGGUUCCGUUUCAAUUGGAAGGAGAAUAUGGAGUUUUGGAAUUCAUGCACAAAAGACUGAAGAAAAAUGGGAUUGCGGUUGUGGUCAUUGCAGAAGGGGCCGGUCAGGACAUGAUGGGAGGUGGAGGAGGAACUGAUGCUUCUGGGAAUCCCAUCCUAGGAGAUAUUGGAAAGUUUUUCUAUGAUAAGGUGAAGUCGCACUUUGGGGCCAAAAAAUUUCCAGUUGACGUUAAAUACAUCGAUCCAACAUACAUGAUCCGAGCUAGGGCUUGCAAUUCCUCCGACCACAUCUUCUGUAGCAUUUUAGGCCAAAAUGCAGUUCACGGAGCAUUUGCUGGAUACACCAACAUCACAGUGGGAGUGGUGAACACCCACUAUUGUUUCCUACCCAUUCCGGAAGUCAUCAAAAAACCACGAGUAGUGGAUCCAAGAAGCAAUAUGUACCAGCGCUGCGUAACAUCUACUGGCCAACCGGAAUUUCAAGAACGUAAUUGUGACAAAAAAUGUAGCGGAGUAGGGGCUGGGUGGAAGGCUGGUGGGGGCAAGGGUAGCGGUGCAGCGCCACAUCCUCCUCCAGAACGGAAGAAGAGUCUCACCUUACGACUUGAGAGGGUCGUGGUCGGGAGCGAUACUCCUUUAACCACCGUUUCGGAGACACGCAUUAGCAGUGAACCCCAAGUCCAUGAUCCCACAUGCAUCCUAUAUGCUGCUGCUAGUAAUCCUAGCAGAAAUAUCUCCGUUCCCCUUCUAAGGGGCAGCAGUACCAGCCAUGAGGCUGGGUGCCCCAUCAACGAAGCUAGGAUUGCACCCUCGCGUUCUCAUGAUCCAAAUUGCCCCAUUCAGCGGCCUUGAUCUCACUUGAGGAUUCAGAACAGUUGAAGAGACUGAUUAAAAACCUCUUCAAAUUAAUCACGCUACAUGUUUUUAAGAGGAGAUAAUACAUGAACAAUUCCAAAGUAGAAAUCCAGCUUGCAUGUUAACCUUGGUUUACAGUACAUAUUUACUUUAAGAACAGUGUGACAACGACGAUCUUCUGUCGAAGAAACAACCCUGGCGCAAGGGAUGAACUCUUUAUUCCAAGUUAGCUUAGAGACAUUAAGAUUCGUGAAUGAAAACUCGAUCUAAUUUGAAUUUUACGCUUCACGUA